AAAACAUUUAUCCAACUAUUUUCAAAUAUUUUCGUAAUACUCAUGUCUCUUUAAAAAAUCUUUACAUUAUUAGGUUGUACUAGGAAGUAUUUUUUUCCCGUCUGUGAUCGAUUGAUUGGGACAAAAGUUCAUUUUAGAGUGGCCAUUUCUUCAGUCUAAAUUCCGUCGUCACGUCAAAGCAAACACCACCGGUUGGGUCGCCUCGCCCGACUGUCUCCCCGUCCGCUCCGUCCCGUCGCUGGCGCGCGCUGCGUACAUAGCAAACAAAUCCGUCUCUCGUCUUCUCCCCCAACCCAACCCAAUUUCUCUCGAGGCACGCACGAUUCCCCCACUCGAUUUGGGCGCGGAAUCCUGGAGAUGAUGAUGGACUGAUGGUGAAUUGGUGAUCGGGUUGCUUGCUGGGGGAAGGAGGAGAGAGGAUGGGAGGCGGGCGGGUGCGGUUCAACGUGGGCGGGCAGGUGUUCGAGACGACCACCACCACGCUCGCCAACGCCGGGAGGGAGUCCAUGCUCGGGGCGCUGCUGGACUCGUCCUGGAACCUUGCCCCCACCGCCGGCGGCGGCGGCGGCGGUGGUGGUGGAGGAGGAGGAGGAGGCGUGGCGGAGUAUUUCAUCGACCGGAACCCGGCGUGCUUCGCGGUGCUGCUCGACCUGCUCCGCACGGGGAGCCUGCACGUGCCGCCGCAGCUGCCGGAGAAGCUGCUCUACAGGGAAGCGCUCUACUACGGCCUCCUCGACCACGUCCGCGCCGCGCGGUGGGGCGCGUUCGACGGCGACCGCCUCCGCCUCGCGGCGUCGGUGCCAGGGCGGGCGCCCGGGGACGGCACGGCCAUCCGCGCCGCGCCCGACGGGGGGUGCUGCGUCGCGCACGGGGGCGCCGUGCACGUCUACAACUGGAUGCUCGACGAGCGCCGCCCGGUGUCGCUCGACCACUCGCAGGUCAACGACGUGGCGUACCUCGACGAGGCCACGCUCCUGAUCGCCGCGCGCGAGCGCCUGGGGAAGUGCGACGGCGGGAUGGCCGCGUUCUCCGCCGUCUCCGGGGACCUGCGGCACCGCUUCCGCGUCGCGCACGACCGCCAGGCCAAGUCCUUCACCGCCGGCGCGCUGGCGUUCGACCAGGACUCGAGCAUCUUCGCCAGCUGCAAGGGCAGGCUCAACGAGUACGGCAUCGGCGUCUGGGACCGCGCCACCGGCGAGCAGGCCGACUUCUUCUACGAGCCGCCUGGCUGCGCCUUGGGCGACGCCGACAAGCUCCAAUGGCUGGACGCCACCAACGCGCUCAUGGUGGCGACCCUGUUCCCCAAGACCGACAACUGUUUCAUCGGCCUGCUCGAUUUCCGGGACAAGAACGUGGCCUGGUCGUGGUCCGACGCCGGCAUGGCCGCGUCGCUCGACGACAAGCGCGUGCUCCACGCCAUCGCCAUGGAGGACGAGCGGUCCGUCUGCGUGAUCAACCAGUACGACGACCUCGGGUUCCUCGACCUGAGGAGCAACGCCGGCGGCGUGCGGUGGAGCUCCCGGAGCAAGUUCAUGAACCGGAAGGUGCCCAGCGAGGAGAGCUGCUACCCGAAGCUCGCCACGCACGGCGGGCAGCUCUUCUCGUCGAUGAACGACAGCAUCUCCGUCUUCAGUGGCCCCGAGUGCGUCCUGACGUCCACGCUGCGGAGGAGCCACGGCGGCGCCAUCUGCGACUUCUCCAUCGGAGGCGAUCGCCUCUUCGCCCUGCACAACGAGGAGAAUGUGUUCGACGUCUGGGAGACGCCGCCGCCGCCGAUCAUCUGACCGCCCACCAGUGGACUACAGUCUGCAGUCUACUGAAGUUUGUCAUGUGUCACCUUCUUUGUUUCUUUCUUUGUCAUUCUUCUUCAAACUUGCAAAUUCUCACUCAACAGAAGGAAACAAAAAAAGAAAUUAUAGUGAUUUAGUGCAGAGACCAAAAGAUUACUCAAGAACUGUAACCUUCCAACUUAAUAACUUGACUGUACCUGAAUUUCUUUUCUAACACAGACAAAAAGAUGCAUAUUCGACUGCAUUCCAGGGGCAUUGCCUUUUGCCAUCUUGUACUGAA